AUGACACAGUUUCUGCCACCGAACUUGCUCGCUUUAUUCGCACCACGCGACCCCAUUCCGUACCUGCCUCCGGUAGCAAAGCUACCCCAUGAGAAGAAAUCGAGGGGGUAUCUGGGCGUUGGGGCGUUCCUCAAGGAGUUCGAGGACCCCAAAGACACUCCACCACCGACCAGGGUGGAAACAAGGGAGGAGCGCAUUGAGAGACGACGAAGGGAACGAGCGGAACAAGUUGCGUAUAAAUUGGAGCAAGAGAUCGCAGUCUGGGACCCCAAUUCGGCCCCGAAUAUCACAGUGGACCCCUUCAAAACGCUUUUUGUAGCUAGAAUUAAUUAUGACACGUCGGAGUCGAAGUUGAGAAGAGAAUUCGAAGUGUAUGGUCCGAUCAAGAAGAUUGUCUUGAUUCACAAUAGCGUCAAUGGGAAACCAAGGGGGUAUGCUUUCAUAGAAUAUGAACAUGAAAGAGAUAUGCACUCUGCAUACAAACAUGCUGACGGAAAGAAAAUUGACGGAAGACGGGUUUUAGUUGAUGUGGAGAGAGCCCGUACCGUCAAGGGUUGGUUACCUCGGCGUUUAGGUGGUGGUCUUGGCGGGACCCGAAGAGGAGGUCCAGAGGUAAAUAUCAAACAUUCAGGUCGCGAGGACAACGAGAGGGAGAGGGAAAGGUACAGGUUAGAGCGCGAACGCGAAGAGAGGGGUGGUGGUAGGGAACGUGAAAGGGAGCGCGAUAGGGAAAGGGAACGUGGGGUGGCGUACGAAAGAAGACGCUCUAGGUCAAGGGAACGAAGAAGAAGAAGUCGCUCACGUUCGCCAAGACGAGAGAAAAGAAGACGCAGCAAGGAGCGCGUUAGGGAAGAAUUUGAGGAAACCUUUGACCGGCGGUCACGUGAGAAGGACAGGGGAGAUAGGGAACGUGACCGGGAAAGAGACCGCAAACGCAGACGUUCAAAAUCCAGGGACAAAGACCGCGAACGCAAACGUGAGCGGCGAGAAAGACGUGAGCGAGAACGCGGUGAAAGACUUGAAUACAUCAAAACUGAUGAUGGAGGGGAAGUCCGAAUCAAAGAAGAACCCAUUGAUGAUUAUCCAGAAUACCCGCAAUACCCUGCAGAAGCUUAUGAUCAGACUCGAGUCAAAUAUGAAGACGAGGAUGAACAAAAAUACGAACCAGACAAUACAAACGGCAGUCGUCAGUAUGACGACGAAUAUGAGGAGGGAGAAGCUUAUUAAAAUAAUUUUCAGCUAAUUAGUAGUAAUAAUUGUUGUAUACUGAUUAUCAGUAUUGAGAAUCCAUUGAUAGCAAUUACAAUUCUGGGUCUUAAAUUAUUUCAAACGAAAUAUUGUCACGUGCCUGUCCUAUGUCAACAGUUUACUUUAAAUAAAGCAAUGUAAAUAUAUACUGGAAAUCCA